AUGGCCGUUUUGGGCUGUGAAUUCAUCUUUACCCAGUACUGCGUCCAGAGCAUUUCUUCAUUGCGUACAAAUUCAAUGGCCGUGUUGUCAUCAUACGAGACGGAAGAAGCGUUCAAAAAAUUUUCAAGUGUAUUUUGCCGCGUGGUCAAACUUCCUGGAUCCGCCCUUGGAUCUAUUGGUAUCGAAUUUUAUGGGACUUGCGUUAGGUCGUUGAGGUUGCAAGGAUUUUGUAAGAGUAUACUGGCUAACAUAAUAAUACGGUUGUUGAUCCUAAAACAAAGCUAUGGUCUGGUCAUAACAAAACGCUAA